GCCACAGAGGAAGAAGAAAGGGGGAGGUAGGAAAAUUGUUGGAAAGAAAGAAACUGUGCGUUGAACAUUUUAGUGCACUUUUCCGGCGUAGAGUGCGCAGUGCGUGUUCGUCAUUGUGAAUAUGUUUGAGCGAUAUGCGAACUUCCGUUGACUCUGUGAAGUUUGUUGUUGUUAUUUGGGUUACGCGCUUUUGGAGACUUUCACGAUUUUUGGGAAAUAAUGGAUAUUUUAUUACAGACCGGACCGGGCAAAGUGGAAAUCCUGCGUGAUAUCGGUAGGCUUUGAUCUGCCGUGUACUUUUCUGGUGAAACAAGGAGGAAUAAGCGCUUUUGGUUUCACAGAUACGACUCAAAAGCGAUUAUCUGCACAGAAAAAGGUUUUCAACUUGCCUGUUUUGAAAGCCGCUAGUUGCGGCAGAAAGGGGCCGUAGGAUCCACAUAACCCGUGUGUUUAACUCCAUUGAUUGAAAGGAAACGAGGACCACGCUGUAUUUUAUUCAGUAUUUUAAUUCAAUUCUUCUCUUUAAACAAUCAACAGCUGCGUUGCGAUAAAUCCACUGAAACAAAGAACCAAAAGAUAAUUAAAAGACUUGGAUCGAGAAACAGUUGCAGCGGAUCAGUGUUACCGAUGUGACGAGAAUUAGAGACUCUUUGAAACCUGACUGUAAACUGUGUUUUUCCACACGUUCAUAUGUUUACUGCCAUAAGACAAGGCCACAAGUAGUUGCGAAAGGGAUCGCAAACAAAUGGAUGAACAUGCUCCUUUUCACACGCAUGUCCAGCAAAUUCUUCACAUGCAAACAGUGUGGAGACAAACUGCUUCUUUUCAAAUCUGACUAGAGCGACAUGUAGCCUGCAGAAAAUGUCAUAGUGUUUUUAUUUAUCCUCAAAGUUCAAUAUUUAUUUUUGUAGCGCAGCACAAAGUAUUACCUAUCAACAGUCUGCUUUUUUAUUUAGUUUAUUUUUUAUUUAGUUUAUUUAGCCUUGUUAGGAUGUAAGAGUUACAUAAUCCAUAUCUUUUUGUCUGUUAUUUCAUCUGCUGUUGAAACACUUGAAUGAUGUUUGUGUUCACACUGUAAUUCACUGUAGGCUAUUAAUGGCGUACACUAUUUAAACUCUAGUCCUUUUCAGGUGGCAUUUAUGAGAAUUUCAGUUUGUGUUUUAAAUUGAAAUUAAGUUUGUAUUAAAAACACAAUGGAUCGACUUGGCAGCAAACUGAAACAAAAGCUAAAACUGUCUGACUCUGGAAGUGUCAAAUUCAGCAAAAAGAAAAACGAGUUGGCGAAUGUGAAUAACAACAGUAAUAUCAACAAUGCCAGUACUGGAACUGUGACACAAAUAGUAAACAACCCACCUGUGAGCACGUCUUUGUUCCCCCUCUCAUGCUCCCCCUCUGGAGAGGUUUGUGGUCAGUCAGGUGGAAGAUCUGGCAAGGUGGGCGCAUCUCAGCGAAUCACGGCCUCAAAUACCACCUCGGCCACAGUACCUGGGGAAUGUGGGCCUGGAAUCGAACAUCACCCUUCUACUCUUGCCCCUCUGCGGCGCCGGUCACCCCAGCAGCGAGCAUCAUGCUACCUGCCUGAAACUGUGGAGGGACAUGGUACCUGCGACCAGUUGAGGCGAGGCGAGUCUCCCAGAGGCGAAGGUGACCCACAGGGGCUGUACAGACCCAAUUCUCGCAUAGCCUUGAACCAGCGACGUUACUCGCUGGAACUCCAGCAGCUUGUUCGCCGUCAGCAGCUUCUUGCUCAGCCUCCUCCACUGUCAUCCGUACCACCGCCGUACCCAACGCACAACUCAGCACCACGUUCAGCUGCCACAGAGCCCAGCUUUCUCCAUGAGCUGGAGCGUCAUAAGCGCUUGUCCCUGCAGGAAGCUCUAUUCUACAAGCGUUUGAGCUCUGGUGGUGAACCUUGGGACACUGGCCGACCUGCUUCCCUCUCUCACCCCCCACAGAGAACCCAUGACAGUGGAGUAGGGGGUUUUUUCUUCCCCCCUGCACCAGCAUUAAGCCCUUGCUCCUCUUUCAGCUUGCAGGAAUCUGUAUUAGCAAGCCCUCGCUCGAGUUUUGCUAGCAGUACUGCUAGUGGAGGUGGAGGGAGCCCCAUGGGAAGUCGGUGCAGCAGUAACCGGACAAGCGGGAUCAGCUUGGGCUACGACACCCGCCAUACACCUGGGCCUGCCCAGCAACUGCAGCUUUCCUUUACCCAACUUGGUGGCGCCACCUCAGGUCAGGUGUACCCCGGAUCAUCAUCUGGGAAAACAGGAGUGCCCCCAGUGGAGGUGUGGAGGGACUAUCUUGAAGGGGUGUCAGGGGUUGGGGGCGGUGUGCAUGACAGUCGUCACUCGUAUCCACCUGCGUUGAGCGUACAUACUGCGACCUACCACCGAGUGGAUUCGGAAUGGGGGGGCAUUGAUCAGCGAGGAUCAAGAGGAGAUUGGGUGGGUGAGACAGGACGGCACUCUGACUUGCCUGGAACCCGCUACCAGCAAGAGCUCACCUGCCUGCUUUUGAGAGAUGCUGUCCUGGAGGGAGAAGCGAUACUUGGAGGUCUGACUCUAAAAGAACAGCCCAUAUCCACCACCACCAACCUGGCCAACUCUGCACCUACUCCAGCAGGAAAAUCCCUGGAGGAACAGACAGCUGGGAGGGAGUCGUCAAUAUCGAUGGACAGACAGGAGUACUUUGGUACGUGUGUGAAGUGCGGUAAAGGUGUAUAUGGUGCAGAUAAUGCCUGCCAGGCUUUGGACAGCCUUUAUCACACCGGCUGCUUCACAUGCGUUUCUUGUGGGCGAACUCUCAGAAACAAGGACUUUUACAAUGUUAAUGGCUCUGUGUUCUGUAAGGAGGACUAUAUGUUCUCAGGCUUCCAGGAAGCAGCUGAGAAGUGCAGUGUUUGUGGUCACCUCAUCUUGGAGCAGAUUCUACAGGCUCUGGGGAACUCGUAUCACCCAGGAUGUUUCCGGUGCACUGUCUGCUCAAAGGCUUUGGAUGGAGUGCCAUUCACAGUGGACUACCUCAACAAUGUCUACUGCGUCUCUGACUACAAUAGAACAUUCGCUCCCAAAUGCGCUGCCUGUUUACAACCCAUCUUACCUGCUGAGGGCAGUGAGGAUAUCCUCAGGGUGGUGUCUAUGAACAAAGACUAUCACUUUGAGUGUUAUCACUGUGAGGAGUGUGGGAAGCAACUCUCAGAUGAGCCUGGAUCUCAGUGCUUCCCUCUGGACUCACAUCUCCUCUGCCACUCUUGUCACAUGAGCAGGGUGUGCACCACACAUAACAUUCCCCCUCACAACAAUACACACUGAAUUGAGAACUAAUGUGCCUGAUCAAAACAAACGGCUUUGUACUGUCUUAAGCACACUAGCGAUCACUGUAAAAUUUUGUCUAAUGUCUCUCGCUCUUCUAUUCCAACUCUAUGUUUGAAGAUAGUGAGAGGAAGGGAAAAAUAGAUUUGUUUUGUCUUACUGAUUUUUGAGACUUGAGGUCAGAGUACAUUUCAAAUGCAAAUCACAGCAUUAAAGGAAUUAUCCCCCCUAGUGGCUGGGAAAUGCUCCAACUGAAUCCUGCUGAACGAACAUUUUCUAUAAAAGUUCUCUGAGCUUAAAGACUAUUGUCGUCUGCUUACUACAUUAUUAGGGGAGAUAAUAUAUCAGAAUACUGUUUUACUCCCAUAUCUACUGUUUGCUGUAGGGAUAAAAACAAGGGAUUUUUUUUUUGGCUUAACAUUUUUCUAUAUUUAAUAUCACUAGCAAAGAUUUUGCACUUAAACAUGUUUACCUAUUAAGAGAUUGCAAAAGAUUGAAAAGCAUUCCUGUAUCUGUUUAAUAAACUGUUCUCUCUCUGUACACUUGCAUUGUAUUUAUGAGGUUUAAACAUCUUUGUAAUAAUGCCAACAAAUCCCAUUUCAAAUACUAUAAAGCCAUGAUUAGUACAAGUCCUUGUAAUCUAAAUGUCUGUUAUUUGCAGAUUAUUUAUCUAAAAUUGACUUUGAUAUUCUUAUUACAGGAAUGGGGAUAAAUAUGAUUUUAAGUCUCCACACUCUAUUCACUGCCAAUUCUGACAGCGAUAAUGGCUUGCUUUCAAUAAA